AUGCCACGACCUACCAAGAAAGGAAUUUGUAAUACUUGCCGUCGUCGCAAGCUAAAGUGCAAUCAAGCACUUCCCAUCUGUGGACAAUGCACAACGAGUGGUCUUUACUGCGAUAGAUCAGAGAAACCAACGCGCUUCAUCCACCACCAAGAAUUGCCCAAUCCUGACUCUCCAAGAAGAGCUCUACAAGACCAGAAUAUAGCGCGCCUCUUCCAUGCUUAUACCUCUAAUAUCUCGGAAUGGUAUGACCUCAGCGACUCAGCAUGUUCUUUCGGCCUUGAAGUUCCAUCCAUUGCCCUAGACGAGCCUCUUCUCUUCUGUGCUGUCAUCGCACUCUCUUCAAUGCAUGCGUGUAAAACAUCAGCUCCAAGUUUUAGCAAGGUCGCUGAAUUCUACCAUCAUCGCUGUGUUCAAUUUCUCAUCGCUCUGGAUGCAGGCGAUGAGCUCAUCAGUCGAGGUGUAGCCCUCGCUGCGACGUGUCUUUUGCGUUCAUACGAGAUUCUUGACGGUGAUGUUGAUCCCAACAUGCAUCUUCGUGGUGCUUACUCCAUGGCUUCGCUCCACGAUGUGUUAUCAGGCAUCCCACAAGCCGGGUUGUUAGGUGCAGGUUUCUGGAACUAUCUCAGAGAGGACAUAACAUUCAGUCUAUUUGAGGAGUGUCCGUUGAAAAUGGACCUCGAGAGUACACCAUUGACCAUCCAGCAUAGCUCUGAUCAAGACUAUCUCAACUCUAUCACUCUAAUCCUGGGCAAGAUAAUCAACAUGUCUUUCAAACAAAACACAGAUGGCAGUCAGUGGGACUACAUAAAGGAAGACCUCAAAAGCUGGAGGAAUUCUUGCCCUCGUCACAUAAAGCCUUACUCAAGACUUCAAGGCGAGAGUAUCACAUCUCAUCUAUUCCCUGCAAUCUGGUUCCUGCAGCCUUGCCAUGCUGCGAUACUUCACUAUUACCUCGUCGCAAUGACAAUAGUCUGCAUCUACACUUCUCCCAGAAGCCUAGAGGACCUAGGCGGUAUUAAUCUGCCUGGACUCAAAGGUCAGUCCAAAGAAUUGUUUGUCGAGUACUUUGCCCUUGAGAUAUGCGGCAUUGCUUUUACUGCCAAGGUGCCGUCAGUUCUGGUAAAUGCAUUCGGGCCAAUAGCUUUUUGCGCAAGAUAUAUCAAAGCCGAGGCGUCGCGGCAGGAGCUUAUUCGCCAACUACUCGCAUGUAAAUCAAUGAUAGGAUGGCCAGUUGAGCGACUCAUUGGUGAUCUCAAGGGGUCUUGGGGGAUGGACCAAGAGUAG